GCGCUCCGGCUCGCUCCUCGCUCCGGGCUGCGCCGUCGAACCGGGAGAGAAGCCUCGCCAGUGGCCAGGCACCGGGCGGACGACGCCAGCGACCCGGCCCUCGGCGGCACCGCGCUCAGCAGGGGCGGCACAGGCACCCAGAGCCGGACUCCAAGAUGGGAGGCAAACUCAGCAAGAAGAAGAAGGGCUACAAUGUGAACGACGAAAAGGCCAAGGACAAAGACAAGAAGGCCGAGGGCACGGGGACCGAAGAGGAGGGGACCCCCAAGGAGAACGAGCCCCAGGCGGCAGGCGAGUCCACUGAGACCCCCGAAACCAAGGAGGAGAAGCCCGACAAGGAUGCCCAGGACGCCGAGGGCAAGGCUGAAGACAAGGAAGGUGACAAGGAGGCAUCGGCAGCCGCCGAGGGGGCUCCCAAGGCCGAGCCCGAGAAGACGGAGGGGGCCGCCGACGAGCAGCCCGAGCCGACCCCGGCCCCCGAGCAGGAGCCCACGGCCAGCUCCGGCCCCGCUGCCGGCGGCGAGGCCCCGAAAGCUGCUGAGGCUGGGGCGGCGGCGGCUGCUGCACCUGCUCCGGCCGAAGGCGCCGCGGCCCCUGCAGGGGACGACGCGGGCAAGGAGGAAGGGGAACCCAAAAAGACUGAGGCUCCCGCAGCUCCUGUCACCCAGGAAACGAAAAGUGACGGGGCCCCAGCUUCAGACUCAAUACCUAGCAGCACCGAGGCUGCCCCCUCUAGCAAGGAGACAGCAGCAGCUACAGAAGCACCUAGUUCGACACCCAAGGCCCAGGCACCUGCAACCCCGGCAGAAGAGGCGAAGCCUGCCGAGGCCCCGGCUGCUAAUUCGGAUCAAACCGUAGCCGUGAAGGAGUAGGGACAAGGACAGCCUAUGGGAAAGAUAAUUCUGCUUAACAAAACAAUCUCCUCUUGCUGUCUCUGUCUCUCUCUUUCCUUCCCCGUCUCUCCCUCUCCACCCUCUCACUCACCCUCCUCUCUCUCUCUCUCUGUCCUAUACUAACUUGUUUCAAAUGGGAAGUAAGGAUAUGUAUUGCCCAAGGGAAAAAUAAAAAUAAGGAUGUCCCAUUGAGGGAGGGAGGGGGUAGGGAGAAUCCAAAUAGUAUUUUUGUGGGGAAAUAUCUACUAUACCUUCAGUCAACUUUACCAGUAAGUCCUGGGUUGAAAGAUCCGUGUCUGAAAGUGCGGUCCCUUCUUUGUACCUGAGCUGCCGUGGCAGGCACCCCUUGAGAGCCCAGGGGCUUGCCCUCUGCAAGGGGAGUCGCGAGUGGUGUGUUUGAUUUUUGCCCACAGGGCCUGUGCCAGGGGCCACUGGAUUUGUGAAAGCAGUAUUUUCUGUGUCUCGCUUUGAUUUACAGCCUUUCUUAUUUUAAUAUUUUUUUAACGUUGUGGAUGAAUGCCAACUUUCCGACAGAGCCCACCUAGCUGUCCACAUGUAUCUCGAUGCCAGUUCUCCAUUCUGCCUCUCCAGAUAUUUUUGGGAGUAACAAACAUUCUCUCAUCCUACUUAGCCUACCUAGAUUUCUCAUGACGAGUUAAUGCAUGUCCGUGGUUGGGUGCACCUGUAGUUCUGUUUAUUGGUCAGUGGAAAUGAAAAAAAAAAAAAAAGUCCGCGUUCAUUGCAGUUCCAGUUUCUCUUCCAUUCUUGUGUCACAGACACCAACACUCCACUCAUUGGAAAAUGGAAAAAAAAACAUUAAAAAAAAUAAAAAAAGUACAAUGGAUGCAUUGAAAUUAUAUGUAAUUGUAUAAAUGGUGCAACAGUAAUAAAGUUAAACAAUUAAAAA